AUGGGCGAGGCUGUCCAUCUUAGCCACAGCGAACGAGCCCAACUCAUAACCGCCGCGCGCACCGCUCUCGACGAGAUCAACCUUGACAGCAUGCCCAUUGUCGCCGGCGUCGGAGCAGCAAGCUCUCGCGAAUCAAUCGAACUAGCUCACGAGGCAGCCAAAGCAGGUGCUGACUUUGUCAUGGUUAUUCCACCGGGGUAUUAUGCGGGUGCACUGCUGUCGAAUCCGAGCUCGAUCAAGCAGUUUUUUAUUGAUAUUGCGGCGGCGUCGCCGGUGCCGGUAAUGCUGUAUAAUUUCCCGGCUGUCUCGAGUGGCAUCGACCUCGACAGCGACUUGAUUACAGAUGUCAUCAAGCAAGCACCGAAUGUGUGCGGCGUGAAGUUGACAUGUGCCAAUGUCGGCAAGCUCACACGCAUCAUGGCCCAAGUCACCACUGCAGAGUUCCAAGCAGCGUAUCCACGCAAACACCCCGAAAUCCCAUUCCGCGCAAUCGAUGGAUUCAUUGAUUUUCUGCUGCCUUCGGUAGCUGUUGGCUCUUCGGGCGCCAUUAGCGGUCUGCCUAACAUUGCACCGAAAGCCUGUGUGAAAUUGUGGGAGCUGUGCCAGCACCUGGACGAUCCCAAGGCGUAUCAAGAAGCACAAAAGCUGCAGAAUACGAUAUCCCUAGCGGAUGGAAUUGCUUUGAAGAUUGGAAUUGCUGGAAUGAAAAAGGUGUUGAAUCGCCGUUUCGGGUACGGCGAUAAGCCGAGACGUCCGCUCACGCCCAUGGCAGAGGAGAAAGUUCAGGCGGUUUUUGAUGAUGUGUUUUUCAAGGGUCUGUUGGAAGUGGAAGCUUCAUUGUAA